GCGCCGUAUUGAUUCCCGCAUCGAGGCGUCGAGAUAGGCGGCGAGACGUCAGUUCAAGCCAACCGUCCCACCUAGUCGGACGGUAGUGAAAACCGCGACUUACUGGUCCACUCGAGCCGGAUCAAGUGAGCACCAGCUGAAGUUCUCGGCAGGCACCGUCGACCACGACCAACCUAGGUGGAUGCCUCGACGGAGACGGGCGCCUGGCGCGGCAUGACAAGCGAAUACGCGGCGAACGAGCCGCCUAACUUGAUACUAAACAAUGGCACCUUCGUGGUGCAGGACACAUGCCUCUUGGUGCGAAAAUGGUGGUGUUUCCUACUGUCCAGCGUGUGCACCUUUGUGGCCGGGCUGCUUAUCGUGCUGGUGUGGAGGCUGUUCGCCUUCCUGUGCUGCAGGAAGGAGGCAGAACUGGGUCCGAACGAUCCCAAACAGAAGGAGCAGAAGGCUGCCAGACAGGGGAAGCAGGAGUUUGAGGGUACCUUCAUGACGGAAGCCAAGGAUUGGGCUGGAGAACUGAUAUCUGGACAGACUACGACUGGGAGAAUCCUUGUCGUUCUGGUGUUCAUUCUCAGCAUUGCAUCACUUAUAAUAUACUUCAUAGAUGCUUCGAACGAUGGCGUUGAACGCUGCCAAGAGUGGAGCAACAAUAUAACACAACAAAUCGACCUUGCCUUCAAUAUAUUUUUUAUGGUCUAUUUUUGUAUAAGAUUUAUAGCUGCUAGCGAUAAGUUAUGGUUUAUGCUAGAGAUGUACUCGUUUGUAGACUACUUCACGAUACCCCCGUCCUUUGUGUCUAUAUAUUUGAACCGCACUUGGAUCGGUCUUCGAUUUCUUCGCGCUCUACGCUUGAUGACUGUUCCCGAUAUUUUACAGUAUCUCAACAUAUUGAAGACUUCCAGUUCCAUACGACUUGCUCAGUUAGUUUCCAUAUUUAUAUCGGUUUGGUUGACAGCCGCCGGCAUAAUACACUUGUUAGAAAACUCAGGUGAUCCAUUAGACUUUCGCAAUCCUCAUCCUCUACCGUAUUGGACCUGCGUAUAUUUUCUUAUCGUUACCAUGUCGACAGUAGGUUAUGGUGACGUCUACUGUCAAACGGUCCUCGGUAGGACUUUUCUUGUUUUCUUCCUGCUAGUCGGCUUGGCGAUUUUUGCAAGUUGUAUACCUGAGAUCAUUGAUCUGAUCGGAACUAGGCCAAAGUAUGGCGGCACACUGAAGAAUGAAAGAGGCAGAAGGCACAUAGUGGUAUGUGGUCACAUUACAUACGAAUCAGUUUCGCAUUUUCUGAAAGAUUUUCUACACGAAGACAGGGAGGACGUUGAUGUUGAAGUAGUGUUCCUACACAGGAAACCACCUGAUCUUGAACUGGAAGGUCUCUUCAAGAGACAUUUCACAACCGUAGAGUUCUUCCAAGGUACCAUAAUGAACCCUAUAGAUCUUCAAAGGGUCAAGGUACACGAAGCAGAUGCAUGUUUGGUGCUGGCCAAUAAAUAUUGUCAAGAUCCAGAUGCCGAGGAUGCCGCCAACAUCAUGAGAGUCAUCUCCAUCAAGAAUUACAGCGACGAUAUCAGAGUCAUCAUUCAGCUGAUGCAGUAUCACAAUAAGGCUUAUCUCCUGAACAUACCAUCGUGGGAUUGGAAGCAAGGAGAUGAUGUCAUCUGUCUAGCCGAAUUGAAGCUGGGUUUCAUCGCUCAAUCCUGUUUGGCUCCAGGUUUUUCAACGAUGAUGGCGAAUUUAUUUGCCAUGCGUUCUUUCAAAACGUCACCUGACACCCAAGUUUGGCAGAACGAUUACCUUCAAGGCACAGGAUGUGAGAUGUACACAGAGACUUUGUCCCCAUCAUUCACAGGCAUGACCUUCCCUCAAGCCAGCGAAUUGUGCUUCACCAAAUUAAAACUUCUUCUGCUAGCCAUAGAAGUGAAAGGUACGGAAGGAGCAGAUAUAAAGAUUUCUAUUAAUCCACGAGGAGCAAAAAUAGUUGCCAAUACACAAGGAUUUUUUAUAGCCCAAUCAGCUGACGAAGUAAAAAGGGCCUGGUUUUAUUGCAAAGCCUGCCACGACGAUAUCAAAGAUGAGACCCUCAUCAAGAAAUGCAAAUGUAAAAAUUAUGUCGGAAUGAUCAUGAUGCAGACUGGCAUGGUCAAACAGGGCCUAAAUGCGACCUAUCACAGAUACUUGGAUGUGGCUACAUUCAGGAAAGGUGUUAGAGCUAUUCAAUUGGUCGGAAGAGCAAGCGAGGACUUUACCUACUCAAAUGAUCAUCAACCUCCCCCUACUUUCACCCCACCAGAGUUACCCAAGAAGGUUCAUCUCAGAGGUGACAUAAACAGGCAUGAAGAUUUUCACAUAGGUCAUCGUAAUCAGAACCACAGGAACAGUGCCAUGAUAACUUCUAACAUGGUCAACUCAACAAAACCUUUGAAUAAGGUGAAACCAAACGUCAACAGAACCACGACUGAUACUGUUGUGUCUCCUGGGUAUAACUCGAGAACAACGGAACAGGAUACCACAUCUUAUGCAGGCUACCAUCUUGCCUAUGAAGUCAAAAAACUCAUGCCGACAAGUCGGACUAGUGGAGGUACCAACCAAAACAACAAUGGAGUGGCCCUCCCUGUAGGUUUAGCUGACGACCAAGCGAAGGACUUUGACUUUGAAAAGACUGAAAUGAAAUACGAUAGUACCGGAAUGUUCCACUGGGGACCAGCAAAAGGACUCGAGGAAUGCAUCCUUGACCGAAAUCAAGCGGCAAUGACUGUACUGAAUGGUCACGUGGUGGUGUGCUUGUUCGCCGAUCCUGAUUCUCCUCUGAUUGGGCUCAGGAACCUGGUGAUGCCACUUCGUGCCAGCAACUUUCAUUACCACGAGCUCAAACAUGUUGUGAUAGUUGGUUCUGUAGAUUAUAUCAGGAGGGAGUGGAAGAUGCUGCAAAAUUUACCGAAAAUAUCUGUUCUGAAUGGUUCACCAUUGAGCAGGGCAGAUCUCAGAGCUGUGAAUGUCAAUUUAUGUGAUAUGUGCUGCAUUUUGUCAGCGAAAGUUCCAAGUAAUGACGACCCCACAUUAGCAGAUAAAGAGGCGAUAUUGGCUUCCCUCAAUAUCAAGGCCAUGACCUUCGACGAUACGAUAGGAGUGCUCAGCCAGACCAAUGGUGACAAUACCGCAGGAACUCCUGUGGGAAGCCCUAUCAUCUUGCAGAGGAGGGGAUCGGUCUACGGUGCUAAUGUUCCCAUGAUUACUGAACUGGUAAACGACAGCAAUGUGCAGUUCUUGGACCAAGACGACGAUGAUGACCCAGACACUGAGCUCUAUCUGACUCAGCCUUUUGCGUGUGGAACAGCUUUUGCAGUCAGUGUGUUGGACUCUUUGAUGUCCACCACCUACUUCAAUCAGAAUGCCUUAACUCUCAUCAGGUCGCUCAUCACUGGAGGAGCCACUCCAGAACUUGAGCUCAUACUAGCAGAAGGAGCUGGCCUACGAGGAGGAUACAGCACACCCGAUAGUCUUUCGAAUAGGGACAGAUGUCGAGUGGGCCAGAUAUCUUUGUACGAUGGACCAUUGGCCCAAUUUGGGGAGACUGGAAAGUAUGGCGAUCUAUUUGUGGCUGCGCUCAAACAGUUUGGGAUGCUCUGUAUCGGAUUGUACAGGUUUAGGGAUACAAGUUCAUCCUGCGACGCCAGUAGUAAAAGAUACGUCAUCACUAACCCGCCAGAUGAUUUUCAGCUACUACCAACUGAUCAGGUUUUCGUGUUGAUGCAGUUCGAUCCAGGCCUGGAGUACAAGCAAGUAAGAGGGCGUGCAGCAACUGGUCAAGGUAGCGGUACAGGUGGAGGGGGCACUAACAAAGACGACAAUUCUUGACUACUGCUUUGUAGCGCCCUCACCGAUGGUCCCUAUUCCUAUAUUUAAUUAUUUCGCCAAGUCAUCAUUCCAAUUUUUGUUAUUUUUAUUCUUUAAUGUUAAGUACAACAGACAUGUUAUUGGGUAAGAAUACAACAUGUUUUGGGAGGUUGUAUGAGGUAUAUACUUAUAAUUUUUUUUUCUUUGUUAAACUCGAAUAUUUGUUUUUCAUGAUUAUUGAAAAAUGGAGAAUGGUAUAAGUACAAUGAAACUUAGGUUUCAAUAUUGAAGUUUGCACAUAUUUCGUUAUCAUAAUGGUUAAAGUAUAACCUCACACACAUGUGAAGAGAAAACUGCUCUCCUUUUAAAAGUGGCAACAGUGAGUAUUAUUCUUUGACAUUUCUCAUGUCAUUUGUGGUCAGACGAUUGUGUUAUUCAAUCAUAGGGAAAUACAAUUCUUAAUAACGUUCAGAAAAUGUUGAAUUGUUUUUUUCAGAAAAGUGCUCAUUUGUGAAUACUCGGAGAAAUUUAUUGUCAAAUUUCUCUCAGUAUUCACAAAUAGGCACUGAUUUUGAUUAAACAAUUUAACAAUUGCUAAACGUUGUUGAAGCGUGUAUCUUCGAAUAAAUAAAUGACAUAACCUACUGAAAAUAAAUGACAUUAUAAAUGUCAAAAAAUAAUACAGUGUUGCCAUUAUAACAGUUUUUAAGCUUACAAUUCCUAUUGGAAAAACCCCUUAUUUUUCUUUUAUAGUUUUAUUUUACGAAAUGAGUUUAUUCGCUUUGUUUUCAAGAUUUAUUCUUUUUUCGUAUUUUGAAAUGUUUAAUGUUUGGAUUCGCCCUCAUCUAGGUUGUGAAUAUAAUUAGAAGAUGUUAAAUGGGAGAUUUUUUUUAAAUUUACGGGCAGUUUUCUCGUUCAAAUCAAUCCCACCAAACUGACAAUCAACAAACUGUUCAGUUCUUCUCCGAAUAUAAACAUUGUUUCUAAUUUUUCGUGAACCUUUUCUUGUUUGGUUCUCCCUUUUUAGAAAUUCUUCAAGAAGAGGGCGCUACAAAUGAUCGGAAUAUUGAAAUUUUGAAGAAGUGUGCUUUAAAAUGAAUCUUGUGAAUAGUUUCAUCACAUCGAUGAAAAAACUUAAAAAAUUACGAUUGCCUAUAAGGGAAAUUUUUUAAUCUGCUGUGCCAUGUGAUCAAGAGCAAGUGAAAAAGAGCUUUUAUAGUGAAAAUGUUAAAUAGUAGAUUUAUUGUUAGAUGCUGAAGGUAUAAUGGUAAAAUGACCUAAUUGUUAUUGUGAAAUUAAUUUUUAUAUAGUUAAUCGUUAAAAAUCUUUUUUAUAUUGUAAUCAAAGGUGUAAAAUAUGUAUAUAUAGUACAUGCAGGCAAGUUAGUUCUGAUUUUAUCAUCAAAUGUGCUUGGAAAUCGAAAAUUCGAAAUAUAACUAUCAUCUGAAUUCAUCAAAAAAGUGCUUUAAAAAAUUUGUUGACGAUUGAUGAGGAAUUCUGAUCAUAAAUCAUAACUUCUUUCAAUUUUCUGAUUUUGGAACGUAUCAUUUCUGCUCAAUAAAAUAACAACUUUCAAUUGAUACAAACAAUCAAAAAUUUCAAAUCUUCGCGAGAAUAUUUGAGAACCAAGACGAAGUCUGUAAAAAAACACGUUUUUUAAUACAACUCUAAUUUGCCUGAAGAAAUUAAAAGGAUUUAAAAUGUGAUAUUGUAUAUAUUUAGUUUUCAAUCUAAAAUUUCGUUGUUUAUACGCAAAAAAAAAACAUGUGUACAGUAAUUUAUUGAAUUCCAAUUGGACUCUUAUCUUGUUUAGCAAUAUAUCGAUAUUGAAUUAUUGGAAAACAGAAUACGGCUUGAAAAUAGAUAUUUACGAUGUUUUUUAAAUGAUGACAUACUCGAUCCAGCAAAAGAAUUUACUGAUAUUGAAAAUGCAACAAUCUCACAUGUGUGUCUUGUUAAUUAUUAUAUAUUAAUUAUAUAGGUAAUCACUUCAUUCAAACAUAAGACUUAUGAAGGUAAUCGCUGAGAAAUGAAAAUACGAUUGAUUUAACAAACUGUGAAACAAACAUACGAACAUGAGUGUUAUUUAAAAAAAAAAAAAAUUAUUCGCUUGUACAAUUUUCGACAAAGAUAAUAUUUUCAAUUUUCGUAAUGGAAUUUUGGAAGCUUGGUAUAACCUAUUUAUACAGGGUGUCCCAGAGUAGAUGUAACAAACUUGAAGAGAAGAUCUUGAAUGAAAAUAUGGCCGAAUUUCUUGUAUGAGUUCUAACUCUUUUUACUUUCUAGAAUUGAGCAAGGAAAAAAUUGAGGAUGUUCAAAAUGAGCACCAUUAUUUUCGGUACAAGCUCAGCAAUUUUAUAAUUAUUGAAAAAAAUCAGUUAGGACCCAUGUUUUCACGAAAUUUGUUCUUAUAUUCAGUAGUACUAUCUACACUAUCAGUUUGUUACACCUACUGUAAGCAUGAAUGGCAUAUCCCAAGCUUCCCUUCUAGGUUAUAAAAAUGCAUAUCACUGCUGAUAUCUAUAUUUCUAUGCCCAAAUUAUGAAGCCGAGCAAUAUUUUAAUAUAAUUAAAUAUUAUAAGCAAUGUUGUUAGCAUAUCAACGUAAUCAGUCAAUUGACACUUAUUUCUUUUAAAAUCCGUUUAAUGAUGUAAGGAAUGAGUAUAAAAACCAUUUUGUUCCAUAUGAAUAAAAUAAUUUAUCGUAUUUUUCAAUUCGGCGAUUCAAUCUUCAUGCCAUGAAUUAAAAAUCGCACUUCCAUUUUUCGAUGGUAUAUGUAAAUCGAGUGUCAUAUGACGCUAAUAAAAUGUAGAAAAAAUG